GUGUUUAAUUUUAAGUAAGGCAACAUUAUUCAAGUCUUUGGUGCGAGGUUGGUUAGGUACAUGUUGCGUUUUUUCUAACACUUAAAAAGUAGAAUAGGAAAUAAAACAGGUAAUCUUUGUAAAUUGACCACUUGUGUAAUCCAUAAUAUACUUAUGGAUUUGACCGAUGAACUGGAACAGAGUGAUAGCGGUAUGGAAUCUUUGACUGCGAGCAAAGAUGAUACUCCGGAACGUAGGCCCGAAGAUAGUUUCAUAACCCCCUCGUUGGGAUCGUCGCCCAGCGCGGGAACACCGCCUUGUGGUCCACUGAAAGAAUACGAUGAUGAACCUGAUGAAACUUUAUCAGAGAGACUAUGGGGGUUGACAGAGAUGUUCCCAGAAACUGUCAGGAAUGGUACCUAUGUAGUAACCACAAAGACAUGGUCUGGUGUGAAAUCCCUGUAUGGGCUAUCCCGCUCAGUCAUGUGGAUAGUGGCCAGUUCAUCCGUGAUAUUGUUUGCUCCUGUCAUAUUUGAAGUAGAGAGAGCCCAGAUGGCAGAAAUGGAGAAAUCACAACAGAAACAGGUGUUAUUAGGGACCAACACAACGAUGACAGGGCCGAUGCCCAACAUGCCACCAAUGCCACGAUAAAUCACUGUCACAUCAAAUAUGUAUGUAAUGUGUUAGUUAUAUAUCUCAAGGGAAUAUUAUUGUCAUCAUAAUGCUUUAAUAUUAGCGUGCUAGUUUAAAUAAAUAGGUACCUACUUUAAACACAAUAUUGUUUUCUCCUAUAGAAAGGCAGUGGUAUGUACUUAAAAUCAUCCUAUGCAUUUACAGAAUCAAUUAUUAUUUUGAACUCUAAUCCUGUUUCUAUUAGCUUUUAUUUGCAUUUCCUCAUUCAGUUUGUAUUUUUUUUUAAUCUGAAGAUUUCCAAUGUGAUACUCCUGCCUUUAUUUUAUUGUAUUGAUUGGUUAGUGUAUGUGGUCAAUAUAACUUGUGAAAAUGUUUUGUAGGUGAUGCUUUGUUAUCAGAAAUAAAACAGUUGUUGAAA